AUGUCUGCUUCCAUCAAGAUAUUGGCUUGUGGGAAUGUCCAGAACGGAGACAUUAAGAAAUUCUUCAACAGAAUUACGAGCAUCAACAGCAAAUCUGGACCAUUCAGCCUCUUGCUUGUUGUCGGUGACUUUUUCGGAUCCAAUGAAGAUGAUAUUCAAGACCUCUUGACGAAUACAAUCUCAGUACCAUUACCGACUUAUAUAAUGGAAGGAAGCUCUUCAUUCCCAACUCAAGUACUGGAAGCCAUCGAGUCAAGUGGAGAAGUCUGUACGAAUGUAUUCGCUCUAGAACGAGCUGGAGUCAUCACUACAUCAGAAGGAUUGAAGAUUGCUAGUGUGUACGGCACUGCAACUCAAACAGAGAUAUCAACCAUGCUGGAAAAUAGUCCCUCUUCCUUGGGCGUUGACAUAUUACUUACGUAUGAAUGGCCAGAGAAAGUGGCCAGCGAGUCAUAUAAAGGUGAUGCUGUACCGGGAUCUCGUGAAAUGGCUCAGAUUGCAGUAUCACAUCAGCCCAAAUAUCACUUUGCCAGCAAUCCAUCGGUAUUUUAUGAACGUGAACCCUAUUCAAAUCAAACAGCCAACCACUCGACACGUUUCUUAUCUCUUGGGGCCUUUGGAAAUUCUGCAAAGGAGAGGUGGUUUUAUGCCAUGAACUUAGUGCCUCUUGCCAAAAGUAACACCAAAUCAGCACCACUUCCCAACACAACACCUUGUCCAUAUCCCACAGGUACAAAGAAGAGGCCAGCGCCAGAGGAAGACAAUGGAGGAAGCUUCUUUUACGGCAAGCGAGACGGGCCAAAGAAACAGGCGAAAUGGGAAGGAUGGGAUGGUGGUAGUCGUGGUAUACCAGAAAACUAUGUCUGCAACGCGUGUGGUGAGAAGGCCACCCAUUAUUUCAAAGACUGCCCUAUGAAACUCGAGAAGCAACAGAAAGUACAAGAAAUGCAAGGACGAGUCAAUGCUAGGCCAGCUGAUCAAUGUUGGUUUUGCCUGUCAAAUCCAAAUCUGGAAAAGCACUUGAUUGUGCAUAUUGGUGAAGAUGCAUAUGUAACGAUGCCCAAAGGUCCUCUGAUUGAACAUGGCGGCCAUCUCAUUAUACUUCCCAUUGGUCAUUAUCCAGGUACACGAGCUAUCUUGGACUUGACUGGUGAUGAAAAAGAAGAAGCAGAUAGGGCCAUACAAGAGAUUGAUAGCAUAAAGGUAGCAUUGCGAACGAUCUACGCUGGAAAACAUGAGCAAUUGGUGUUUUUCGAGAUUUCUGGAGGAGAGUCAGGCCGAUUACAACAUAUGCACUUUCAGGCUGUCGCAGUACCACCGAGCAUAGCCUCCAAUCUUGAUAAAGCUUUUACCAAGGACUGUGCCACCGCUGGACUGAGCUUGUUGGAGGACAACCAGUUGCCCGGAAACACAUCCACUCCAUAUGUACGAAUAGAGUUGGAGAACAAAGUAUUGACAUACGCACCGAGUGAGCAAGUGAUGCAAUCGUGGAAGGCAGCUCAAGAUGCAGCUGCACGGGAUGGUACUCGGCUGAAACCUGGUCAGAGAAUGGAUUUGCAGCUUCCUAGAGCGGUGCUGGCCUAUGCUUUGGGUCUUGAAAGACGUAUCAACUGGAAGAGAUGUCUGGUCCCAGAGAAUCAGGAAGCAGAACAGGCUCAAAGAAUUAAAGCUGACCUAUCUGAAAAAAUCACUGCUUUGAUGGUCAAGUCCUAG